CCAGUUAUCCACGCAUCAUGUGCACGACGCGCCAGCGACGCGCCGCCGCCUCCUCUCCCCGAGGGGCACGUGCAGUCGAAGGGACAAUCUGUUCUGAGGCCCGCUCGCUUCUUGUCGUGCUAUGGAUUUCACGCGGAUUUUGCACUUGGCUGUUAUCUUUUGCCUGACCUGCGUGCUGAUCAAAGUUAUCCAGCUGCAUCGCCGGAGACAGGAGCUGCUGAAAGCUCUGAGCAGGUUCCCGGGCCCUCCCGCACACUGGCUGUAUGGCAGUAUAGCUCAGCUUUCACCCAUUUCUACAGUUCUCAAGAAGGCAGAGAGCUGGAGCUGCCUGUAUCCAUUUGCCUUUCCUGUAUGGUAUGGGAACUUCUCUGCAUGUUUAACCAUCACGCACCCUAAUUAUGCAAAAUCGUUAUUUGCUAGAGCAGAACCGAAGGAUAGUUUUGCCUAUCGUAAUGUGAUUCCAUGGAUCGGGAAAGGCUUGCUGGUCCUACAUGGGCCAAAGUGGUCACAACAUCGAAAGCUUCUGACUCCAGGUUUCCAUUACACCAUUUUGAAACCCUAUGUGGCAUUGAUAGCAGAGUCUACAAAAGUAAUGUUGGACAAAUGGGAACAGCUGAUCAUCCAGGAUGAAUCGGUGGAACUCUUUGAACAUGUCAGCUUGAUGACGCUUGAUAGCAUCAUGAAAUGUGCCUUCAGUCAUAACAGCAAUUGCCAAAUGGACAGGGACAAUUCCUAUCUCCAAGCUGUCGUUGAACUUUGCUCCUUGGUACAUGCUAGACAGCAUUCCAUCCUGGGCCAGAGUGAUCUGAUUUAUUGGCUCAGCCCCCAAGGAUAUCAGUUUCGGAAGGCUUGCCAAGUUGCCCACCUUCAUACAGAUAAGAUAAUCAAGGAGAGAAAAGAAUCUCUAAGGGAUGAGGAGGAACUCCAGAAGAUUCAGAAGAAGAGACACCUUGAUUUUCUUGACAUCCUUAUGUGUGCCAAAGAUGAGAAUGGUGUUGGCCUAUCUGAUGAAGACCUGCGUGCGGAGGUGGACACGUUCAUGUUUGAAGGCCAUGAUACCACGGCUAGUGGGAUCUCCUGGCUGCUGUAUUGCCUUGCAGAGAACCCAGAGCAUCAGCAGAAAUGUAGGGAGGAAAUCAAGGACAUUCUGGGGGACCAUGACACCAUUCAGUGGGAUGAUCUUAGCAAGAUGACCUACUGCACCUUAUGCAUUAAAGAGAGCCUCCGCCUUUACCCUCCAGUACCAGGAGUGUCCCGAGAGCUCAGCAAACCUAUUACUUUUUUUGAUGGACGGACUUUACCCGAAGGCUCUUGGGUUGCAGUAAGCAUUUAUUUGAUCCACAGGAACCCCAUCAUAUGGAAGAAUCCAGAGGUUUUUGAUCCUCAGAGGUUUUCUCCUGAGAACAUAUCUGGCCAAAAUUCUCAUGCCUUCCUGCCUUUUGCUGCUGGGCCACGGAACUGCAUUGGACAGCAAUUUGCCAUGAAUGAGAUGAAAGUGGCUCUUGCCAUGACUUUGCUUCGAUUUGAACUUUCACUUCAUCCUACUAAGCCUCCUCCCAUUCCCGUCCCUCUAAUUGUCUUGCGUUCCAACAACGGGAUACACCUUCGCAUGAAGAAAGUGGCAUAAAUCUGAAACUGCAGGGUCUCUCCGAACCAUAAGGUUACAAGAACAUACAACUUCAGAGUGACGAGCUUAUGCAAAGGCUGGGCCUCCUUCACAUGCUCUUGAACCCCGGACCAUCAGAUUAAGAAUCCAGUGCUUACCUGUCAGACAUUAUAAUGCAGAAUCGGGUAAAUCCUACAGAAGCCCAAAGCGCUCCAGGUUUACUAGAGAGCAAGUUUUAUGAUUGUCAAGAAUAGCCUUAAAAAGUUAGUGCUGUUUCUGUUAAAGUCUUAAAAUUAAUCUCUCCCCACUCUUAUCUGUACCCUGCUCAGAGAUUUUUUUUAUCACACAGCUUGUAAAUGUUAUAAAUAAAUAAGAAGGAGCAUUUCAACAAUCAGAAAAUGAGACCUCUACACUCAGUCUCUGCCUUUAUUCACAUUAGAGUCACCUGUGUUUUUCAUACAUCCCAUUCCAAAACUUCCGUUCAUGGUUCCCAAUACAAGAUUUGAACAAGAUGCCCCUCAAAUGAUGGAAACAUGUACAUUAUAUGGAAAUGUGGUUCUGGCUAUGCUCUAUGGCUGAAUGUUAAUGUUUAGCACCAAACUUUCUUUUCAUCAAGGUGGUUUUCAUCAGCUGAUAAAUUUUAUUUAUUUAUUACUUAGAAAUGUAUUUGCAUACCACAAUUUUGUUAAAACCAUCAAAGUGGUUUACAAGAAGUUAAAACAAACAACCAUAGGAUAAAAACAUUAAAACUACAAUAACAAAGGUUAACUGUUGCAAAAAGGCAUCUUAACUGCCUGCCUAAGCCUAGAGCAACAGAAACGUUUCAGUAGGCACUUAAAAGUUAGAACAGAAGGCACGUGCUGAAUCUCUGUUGGCAGAGCAUUCCAGAGAACUGGGCCGAUGACACUGAAGGCUCGAUUUCGAGUCGAUCUUAAAUGAACCUCAACAACUUGGGGGAUGAUCACAGCUGCUCCUGCAGAUGAUCUCAGGCACAUAGCAAGGCUGUGGGGUAGCACGUCUUCCUUUCUUCUAGGGCAGCCGGUCUUUUUUACUGUUCCAAGGCAGAAAGGAGUUUAUUUCCUGCUCCCCUGGCAAUCUUUCCCUUGACUCCCACUUUCUUCCUGGAUCUCUUGUAACCUUCAGCCUGGAUAAGAAGAAGAAGAAUUAGAUUACUGCAAUGCACUCUACGUGGGGCUGCCUUUGAAGACAGUUCGGAAAUUGCAGCUUGUGCAAAAUGCAACGACCAGAUUGGUAACAGGUACCAGACAGUUCGAACAUAUAAAACUGAUUCUGGCCCACUUGCAUUGGCUGCCUGUAUGUUUCCGAGCUCGAUUCAAGGUGCUGGUUUUGACCUAUAAAGCCUUACACGGCUUGGGACCACAAUACCUGAUUGAAUGCCUCUCCUGAUACGAACCCACCCGUACACUAUGUUCAAGAUCAAAGGCCCUCCUCCGGGUGCCUACUCCAAGGGAAGCUCGGAGAAUGGCAACAAGGGAGAGGGCCUUCUCAGUGGUGGCCCCCAAAUUAUUAUGGAAUGAUGUUCCUGACGAGGUGCGCCUGGUGCCAACACUGUUAUCUUUUCAGCGCCAGGUCAAGUCUUUCCUCUUCUCCCAGGCAUUUUAGCAUGUGUUUUUAAAUUGUUUUUAUAUUGUUUUGAAUUUUAAAAUUGUGUUUUAAAUUGUUUUUAAAAUAUGUUUUUAAAUUGUGUAUUUGUCUUAAUGUUUUUGAUUGCUGUAAACUGCCCAGAGAGCUUCGGCUAUGGGGUGGUAUACAAGUGCAAUAAAUAAAUAAUAAAUUUUAUUUCAGUCAACCAA